GUGUCGAUAUGGAAGAUGUAAGUUUUGCCCCGCAACAUGCUCACAGCCCCUCGAAUCUGGGCCAGUACAAGUACGUCAACUCCUGGGCAUCAUUGAUAUUUCCCCUCUUUCGCGAUCGAAGACGCAUUUCUACAUUGUGUCCAGCAGAUUUGUGCCAUCUGACAGUCUCCCACUUUAUCCACGUUCUAAGACACAGCACGCAUCAAGCAAAAUGGGCUCCAUCGGCACCACCCCAGGCUUCGACGUCUUCAACGGCUUCUACAAUAGCAUCAACGGUAAACUAACCAGUACCGAGAAGACAAGACACGGCAUCAACCCUGCCACAGCAAAGCCCAACGCAGAGGUCCCUGUGUCAACACAAAAAGAUGUCGACGAUGCCGUGGCAGCUGCGAAGGCAGCAUUCAAGACAUGGUCCAAGACAUCAUGGGAUGAGCGCAAGAAGGCCGUCCUCGCCUUUGCCGACGCUCUCGAGCAGCAUGUUCAAGACUUCGGAAAACUGCUCACCCAGGAGCAGGGCAAGCCCCUUCAAUUCGCUAUCCAAGAGGCCCAAACAGGAGUCCACUGGAUGAGAUCGCUAGCCAAGAUUGAGCUGAAGGAAGAGAUUGUCGAGGAAGACGCCCAAAAACAAGUCAUCGUCCGCUAUACACCUCUCGGCGUCACAGUGGGUAUUGUGCCAUGGAACUUCCCAAUCCACCUGGCCUGUGGAAAGAUCGCGCCUUCAUUGCUUACUGGGAAUCCAAUCAUCAUCAAGCCGUCACCCUUCACUCCCUACUGCAACUUGAAGAUGGGUGAGCUGGCGCAGCAGUUCUUUCCCCCUGGUGUUCUUCAAGUAUUGAGCGGAGACGAUAAUUUGGGACCAUGGCUUACAGCGCAUCCUGGACCGGACAAAGUCAGCUUCACUGGUUCCACUUUCACCGGCAAAAAGGUCAUGGAGAGCUGUGCGAAGACCUUGAAGAGAGUCACUCUCGAACUUGGCGGUAAAGAUCCGGCGAUCAUCAGUAAGAACGUCGAUAUUGACAGCGUUGCCGCAAAGAUUGCUACCCUGGCCUUCUUGAACUCCGGCCAAAUCUGCUUGGCUAUCAAGCGUAUCUACGUCCACGAAUCGAUCCACGACAAAUUCCGGGAUGCAAUGGUGGCAUUCACUAAGACACUCAAAGUCGGCGAGGGUAACGAGGAAGGCGUGUUCCUCGGACCUAUCCAGAACUCAAUGCAGUACGAAAAGGUUAAGACUUUCUUCUCCGAUAUUGAGAAGGAGAAGUGGACCGUCGCGGUGGGCGGCAAGAACGAGGACAAGCCUGGUUACUUCAUUACGCCUACAAUCAUUGACAACCCAGCCGACGACUCGAGGAUCGCAACUGAAGAGCCGUUUGGACCCAUUGUACCUCUGAUGACCUGGACCGAUGAGGACGAUGUGAUUGCACGUGCAAACAACACUAAGAUGGGUCUAGGUGCGUCAGUGUGGUCUAAUGACUUGGAAGAAGCUAGCAGAAUUGCUCGACAACUCGACGCUGGAAGCGUCUGGGUCAAUACGCAUCUGGAGUUGGAUCCUAAUGCACCAUUUGGUGGACACAAAGAGAGCGGCGUCGGCUACGAAUGGGGCGUUGGCGGUCUGAGGUCAUUCUGCAAUGCGCAGACAUUGUACUUGAAGAAGAGUACGUCUUAAGUAGCACGUUGUGGUUCUAUAGUCACCUGUGCCAUGGUGCGAUAUCGAAUUGCGCAUGAUGGGUGAAUACUUCAACCGAAUGCCGAGACGAGUUCCAC